CUUCUAAAUUUCCUCAACCACCAACCACCUUCUCAAUGUCGUCCUCCUCUACCCAAAACCAAUUGGAGAUGCGGGAUUACACGUGUCCGGAAUGUAACAUAGGUCUUAGGGUUCUCUCAUUGCCUUCCGCUUCUCCUCCAUACUGUCCUCUAUGCAAUGUCGCUUCUUACUUCACUUCUUCGACCCCUUUUGAAGUAGGUCCUAAUCCUUUCGAAGACGAUGAGGAAUCUCAGUUUCUCGAUCCCAUGGAAUCUCUUCCGACCAUUAAGAUCUCAUCUUCAAUGUUGUCUUCCGCUUCCUCAGACGAUUCUGCUUUACCAUGUGCCAUUUGCAGAGAAGAUUUCGUGGUUGGAGAAUCUGCUAGGAGAUUGCCAUGCAACCAUUUAUACCAUAAUGAUUGCAUUAUUCCUUGGCUCACAAGUCAUAACUCGUGCCCUCUCUGUCGAGUUGAGCUCCCGGUUGCAUCUAGUGAAGACGAUAGUGGUCUGGACAUGUGGUUUGAUGCUUUGAACCUAGAGGACGACUUGGAGGAAGAAGCGGGAGUCACGCUCGAUUUGGAGCAAAGUUUAGACGGCUAAAAUUCUAGCUAUAGGGUCCAUC